AUGGCUCCAGGCGGCGUACGCACGGGUUUUUCGUUUUUCGGUCUAGUAGGCGGGGUUAUGGCGAUGCUAAAGCUCAAGGAUGAAUGGGACAGCAGGUACAAGCCGGUUGCCAGCGAUGACGAGGAAGGCAGAGUCGCGCUGCACAGCCCAUACACUGACGGUGAUGACGACGGGGCCGAGCCUGGUAGCAGGCUCUUGAACACCGAGAUCCCCGUCAGGAGGCCUAGAAGAAAGCGCAGCAAGUGCUGCAUGUGUUGCGGGGUCGACUGUGGCUUAUUCUGGAAAGCAUUCGGCAUCGUUGUCGCUCUUUUCACCUUGUACGGGGUAUUCAGGGUUAUCCGAUGGGCGUUCACCGCUUCUCCUACAGGUCUCGAGGGCAUGCCAGCCUUCAGCACGUCUCUUGGGUGCCUAUCCGCAUCCCACAUCUACAAUGGUUCCCAGGUGACCGUGACCGCUCCCGUAGGUGCCCAGUACGAUCACACAUUCGACAUCCGUGGGGGCGCAGUUGGGACAUUCAAGCUCGCCGCCGGCCAAGCUGACGCUACCGACGUAAAAUACGAGCUGACCAUCCGUGCGAGCGAGCAAUCCACGCUCGGAAACGUCUUCUUCACCUACCCGGACAUCGACGAGGACAACCGGGUCACCGACAGCCGUUUCGUCAUUGACACCCCGCGUCAUGGCCCUGCCGACAAGUCGUGCAUGCGCUACGACAUCACGCUCUACGUCCCUCCUACCCUCAAGAAGUUGCACAUCCUAUCCCACACGGUCAUGCACCUUCAAUUCGCUGAAGACGCUCAGAUUGAUUUGGACGACUUUCACGUGACGCUUUUCACUCUGGACUCGAGUAAUAGUAUGAUUUUAACCAGCCAACACGUCCAAGCUCGUGAACAUCUGUCCUUGGAGGUGUUCCGUGGCUGGAUCGUGGGAGACGUGUCUCUAUCGAACAAUACUGCCAUCACCACUCAGCGCGGUGAUGGCAUAGCCAACGUCCGUGUCCAUCCCGUGGCCCCCUCGGACCCUAACAAUCCCGAAGUCGCGGUCCUUAGAACGACCACUGGCGCCGGACGAACAGACAUAUUCUACAUUGGCAACAAAGCGUUCAAGAGACCCAUCGAGAGCACACAUAUGUCGUCGAGGAACGCAGAGGUGUACCUCACUUACAAAGAAGCGGAGUUUAAUGGAAAGAUCGAGCUUGAAUCAAAAUCGUACACUCUCAUUGGAGGCCAGAGACUCGUUGGUGGUCCUCCGGCGGAGGAGGGCCAGGUACAUUGGACGCACUUUGCUGGGAAUAAAGAUGGUGCGGAUAAAAUUCGAGUUAGCUCGAGAGGUUGGACUGGGCUCUAUUUCUGA